UCUUCCUGAUUGGAUCUGAAGGUGAUAGACGUAAACGUGGUGCACUGGUGAUCGAUAGUACAACAGGGGCAACUAUUAUGCCAUACACCAAUACCCUCGAUGCGGCAUUCCUUACCAAAGAUAAAUUACUGCUCAUGUUUAAUGGCGAGGAAGAGGUCCCUAAAUUUACAUUCGCAAUAUAUUCGAUAGAAAGACAAGACGUUCUUGGUCGCUUUCGACUACCUAUCAAGGAAGCCAACAGUGGGGAAUUCUUCACCAGACCCCCUUCCACUUAUGGCGACAAAUGUCUGUCGACACAAGUCAAGAGAUUCUUGACAGACGAAUCUCUCGAUAUCCUUCCGGUGGAACUUUACCUCAACGAUAUGCCACCAAACCCGUGCUUCUUCGUGUUAUCCGUCACAAAACUACUCAGAGCUAUGGAGCGACUACGAGAAUCGAACCCAGAUCGCCUCACAUUUGAAUGGGACGAGUGGGGCCCAGAUAUUACACGCUUCCUUCCGUUCCAAAGAAUGUCUCCUCCCAGCUCACGGCCUACAUUCGGCUCACGUAUGGCAGUGUUUUAUACUCACGAGAGCGAAGAGCCCCUCCUCUCGAAUCGCAAGAUUGCCAUUCUCGACUUUAACCCGAGACCCAUCAAGAGACGCAAAGUCGAAGAGACUAGAGCGGAGAAUAUUGUAAUUGUCGAUUACGAAACGGAAUGGAAAGGCCCUCAAGACGACCCAGUGAUCAAGUCUAGGCUCCCUUAUCGUAUACUUCGCAAGGACUGGCUUGCUGAUGGUGAUGAUUGUCACUUGGAGGCCAAUACGAUGAUCCUUCGUCGA